AUGGGCGUCACAGCCUUGCUUAAGUGGCAUUUAGAAGUCGGUGAGGGGAUACUCCUGGCCGAACUGAAGAAAGACAAGUCCAUAACCAUAGCACCAGCUGAUAAAGGAAAAGCCGCAGCCAUUCUUGACAAAACAGAUUUUAACAAACUGGUAGACAACUUACUAACAGACCAGUCCACAUACCGAACCCUGAAAACUGACCCCACCAACAAGUUUGACCGGCAACACAGAUCCCUCCUGAACCAACUCAAAACCAGUGGUGAGAUCACACCUGAAAUCCAACGUAAGUUAACAGUGCAACACCCCCGUGCACCGUAUGCCCGUGCAACCAUCAAAAUCCACAAGGACCCUGUAAAAGCCAGGUUACUGAUAUGCUCCAGAGGAACUGUCUUCUAUAACACUGCCCAGUACCUCACGAGACUACUAUCACUAUGGUCUAAGGCUGCCGACUCCUUUAUCAAAGACUCAGCUGACUUCUGUAACAAAAUACGUCAGAUCAAUGAACCCUGCAAACUUGUGAGCUACGAUGUUAUUGACCUAUUUACCAAUGUCCCAACUAGCCAAGCCCUAGAUGUCAUAAGAGACAAGAUAACAACCACUCCACCGACGACAUCCCUAUCCCCAGAUAAUAUCAUCCGCCUACUGGACUGUUGCCUGUCAUCCACUUACUUCACUUGGGGUGACACAAUUUAUGAGCAGAUCCAUGGCCUCCCCAUGGGAUCCCCACUAUCCCCGAUUGUCUCCGAGAUCUACCUAACUGAACUAGAGAACAAAGCCUUAGCCACGUCACCCAUCCAGCCCAUCUGUUGGAUGCGAAAAGUGGACGAUACCUUCGUCGCACUUCAACACCACCAAGAUCCAUCUGCCUUACUUGACCACCUAAAUUCACAACACCAACGCAUCAAAUUCACCAUGGAAACUGAAAAAGACCAACAAAUACCAUUCCUAGAUGUCCACGUGAAGAGAACAGCGGACGCUCUCCAAACCACAGUGUACCGCAAACCGACCCACUCCGACCAGUACAUCCACUACAAGUCCAACCACCCGCCCAAAACCAAGACCGGCAUCAUCUCCACCCUCACAAAGAGAGCUAAACUCAUCUGUAAUAGCAACUUAGAUGAAGAGAUCCAACACCUGCGCACAGUUUUCACCCACCUGAAUGGAUACCCAGCAGACCAAGUAAAUAAAACCAUCCAGAAGUCCUCGCAACCUGAACACAAUCAACAGCCUAGAGUCCACGUGGAAGGCCCCGGUAUACGAAUCAACCUCCCCUACAUAGGUCCAACCAGCCACAAAAUAGCCCGCCUAAUAAAACAGACAACUGGAAUAGAAACAGUCUUCAGAAGCCUGACCACACUAAAGACCCACCUACAUGCCACAGGAAAGAAGACACCAACCAAACCCCAGCCUCCCAAAGGAGUUGUCUACCAAUUAAAAUGCAGCUGCAACAACUCCUACAUAGGUGAAACAGGCAGACAGCUUCAAACCAGAAUUAAAGAACACCAAUCAUCAGUACAGAAACUUGACUCCAAAUCUGCCAUAUCUGACCACAUACAUGAAAACCCAUCCCACAACAUCAACUGGAAUACAGUCAGGACACUUAACAUGAAUCAGCCCCAUUGGAAGAAACGAAAACUACAGGAAGCCAUCCAGAUUAAGAGAUUAAAGCCCAGCCUGAACAGAGAUCACGGCAUCUACCUCCCCUCAGCUUAUGAUCUGCUAAUCCUCCAAACCGCUCAGGAACCCCACCGAGCCUAG